GGGCGGCGGACGUCAGCCCGGUCGGGGGAGAGUUUCAGCCGCUCGGAGCGGGACCGGCGGGGCAGUGCUCGUGGCCUCGGUGCUGCGAGGCCGGGGGGCUGCAGGGAACCGCGUCCCAUCGGGGCCGCCUCUCCGAGCCCCGCUGCCCGCCGAGCCCCAGAUGACCCUCAACACGCAGCCCGGGAGCAAAAGCCCACUGCGGAGGAGGGCCAGCACCCCUCUGCCGCGGGUACCGGGGGCCGCGCCUCGGGCUCAGCUCGGCCACCCCCAGCUCGGGCAGUCCUCGUCCGAACCGGCUGCCAGAGCCGCAGCACCGCGGGGCAGUUGGUCCUCCGAGUCCUCGGCCUCUUCCAGCUGCUGGGAGCACCGCGUGGUGCUGCUGGGAGACCCCGGCGUGGGCAAGACCAGCCUGGCCAACGCCUUCGCUGGCAUCCAGGAGCGGGACCUGCUGGAGCAGCACGGAGAAGCUGCCUAUGAACGCACGCUGUUGGUGGAUGGCGAGGAGACCACGCUGCUGGUGUUGGACACCUGGGAGCCGGAGCGGAGGGGCGAGGAGAGCUGGCGCCGCAGUCAGUGCCUGCAGGUGGGCAAUGCCUACGUCAUCGUCUACUCCAUCACGGACCGCAGCAGCUUUGAGAGCGCCUCGGAGCUGCGUAUCCAUCUGCGCCGCGCGCGGCAGGCUGAGGACAUCCCCAUUAUCCUAGUGGGGAACAAAUCUGACCUGGUGCGCUGCCGCGAGGUCUCCAUCGAAGAGGGCCGUGCCUGCGCUGUGGUUUUUGACUGCAAGUUCAUCGAGACGUCGGCAGCCUUGCAGCAUAACGUGGAUGAGCUCUUCGAGGGGGUGGUGCGGCAGCUGCGCCUGCGCCGUGAGGGCAAAGAGUCUGCGUCCAGCCACCGGCGCAAGGAGAGCCUCACCAAGAGGGCCCGGCGCUUCCUCGACAGGAUGGUGGCCAGGAACAGCAGCAAGGUGGCCCUCAAAGCCCGCUCCAAGUCGUGCCACGACCUUUCCGUGCUCUGAGAGCCGCCACGAGCCCAUCCCACUGGACUUGGAGGCUGGGGACUGCCCUCUGCCAUCAGCAUGGUCAGCAGCAGCGUGGUGCCAGCAGAGCACAAAUGGGGCCGGUGCGAUGCUGAGGACAUGGAGCUGCUGAGGGACACGCAGGGUACGCUGGAUCUGGCUGCUUCUCCUCCGGAAGGGGGGAUGAAGGGGGCUGGGUCCCCUGAGCUGCAUGUGUGGGGUGGGUAUCAGAGUGGCUGCCCGGCUCCUGGGGGGCUGGAGAUGAAGCUGCGGCCCUGCAGGGCUGCCAGCAGUGAGGCUGGUGCUGCUCGUGGCUCCCAUCCUUCACAGGGCAGCAGGGAGCAGUGAGUGCCCUCCUCAAGGACAGGAGCCUGGCAGGGAGAGGGGCUGGGGGAGCUCUGGCAACAUCAUCUGGCACCCCUAGCCCCUCCGUGCCAGAGCUUCAUGCCAUGUCUCCCUGGAACCAGCAUUGCCUGAGGUUUUUCUGCUGUCUCUGUACCGGUACAAUGGGGAAACCCUUCGAUCUGCAGAAUAAACCACAUCUGGGA